AUGUGGUCCGCAAAACUGCCCAAAGCUCGAUUCCCGUCGCGCCCCGACGCCCUAGUGCCGCUCACGGCGAUGCCUGCGCGACCCUUCUGCAUCAGCGCACGGCUGCUAGCUGCCAAGAAGAAAUCAACACCCGCCACGUCUUCGCAGGUCCACAAGCCGCACCCUACCGAGUCGGAAGAGGAUGUCGCGGCCGAUCGAUCGCCCCUUGAUCCCCUUGACGCCCCCAAAGCGGGCAACGUGAAGGCCGAGGCGGCAGCAGGCUCUGGGAAGGCGAAGUCAUCUUCAAGCGGGCAGAAGCCGAAGACGGAGUCAAAGUAA